CCUGCCCAGUCGCUGGCUGUCAGUGUUCGAAGGAUGGUGGUGCAUCGGUUGCAACAUUUUCUGUAUCAGCUCUUUGCCUACUAUGCGAUAUUCAUCGGUGUCACGAGCUAUUUCUACGAUUUUAAGCGGCGUCUGUAUAAAAAUACGAAAUGGACACAGCUGAUCGCCUGUUUGUCUAAUCUAAUAAUAGUCAGUGUUACAUUAUCGGAUUUGGCUUGGCUCUGGCUUGACUACGUAAACGAAGAUCGGGUCACGGGCGAAAUAAUCCAACUUGAUAUCACGGUCAACGAUAUCGUUUGCGUGCUGCAGCUCUUGCAGCGAGUACCUCGUGAACGGGCGACCAAGAAUAUUGAGCAGGAGCUGGAGUCCCUGACCAGGCUCUGUCCCAAAUCCUGGGCGAGGAAGGACAAGCAUUCCAAACAGGACAUUCGACGUUUGCGCAGCAUCUAUCUGGCGAAAAAUUGCAUAAUGUGGAUUUUCACUGGAUUUCUGUCCACGUUUUUGAUUAUGUCUUAUCAAUUCAUGAACUUGAGGCAAGCCAAACUCUAUAUAGAACAAACGCUUGUGAUCCUCAAAGUCCUAGCCUUCGAUAGUCAGGAUAUUACAAUGCAUUUGCAUUUCCUGCUCAGCUUGAGAAUUUGUAGGCUCUAUAUGCGUCUCAACAGUCGCAUGAGGCAGUUGGUCGAACGGAACUCGCCUGCGGAUGCACUCGAAGCUCUUCAUCUACGCCGGCUGCACUUGAAACUCACUUUUCUAAUGGAGCGAUUGACCAGUGCCUACGACAUCAUCAUGAUAAGCACUCGAUUUUCGCUGAUUAUAACCACUGCUGUUAUGGGCUAUUACAUUAGCCUAUCUGUAUGCUUACCGACUAUCUAUAAGGUAGUCGGCUGCGGUUUCUAUGCUCUACUUGUACUGGAUGCCUACAUACUCGACCUUAUCCUGGACUACACGAUCAAUGAACACCAAAAGACGUCAUGUCUUCUACGAAAACACUAUGAGCUUGAUCACCCCGACACGCAGCUCUCAAGAGGGUUUGACCUAUUUGCUUUGCAAUUAACUACCUUUCCCAUGCAAGUCAAGCCCUAUGGCCUGCUCACUUGUAGCACUGCCACCUGGUUGAGUGAUAUUGCUUGCAUCAUUUGCUGGAUGGUUGUUCUAUUACAGUAUAAGAUCGUCUCGGAAAAGAGAUAAAUUAAUAUA